GACGGACGUGAUGAUAGCCAAAAGUUUGAAUAAAAGUGUAAGAUACACAGUAACAUAUGAUGCUCUAACGAGGUAGUCGAACCGGUCCCUGGGGUCCCACCAGCUUUGUCAUUCCCCCGUGGAUGUGCCUCGGGAACAGGCGUGUUUAUCAAAGCGUUCGGGCACAGGCACAGGCACAGUCAAAGCCCCAGAGAGAGGGGGUUUCAUUCGGCCGGUUGGCUCCCUCAAUUUCCUUAUUCUUCAAGAGUACUCUCGCUCUUCUUGAUCCUGGUAUUGCUCAGAAUUUCUUUUCCUUGCUAUUCGAAGUGAAGGCGCACGGGAUAGACUUGGAGAAAGAAAACAUCGGAGCUAACCAAGGUAGUCGAACCGAGGAGAGAGAGAUGAGUUCUGAACAGAACGACGGGACGAGCUACCAGCCGUCGGAGCCGAAGCUCUGCGUCAACAACUGCGGCUUCUUCGGCAACGCGGCCACCAUGAAUCUCUGCUCCAAGUGCUACAGAGACUGCCGGAUGAAAGAAGAACACGCGGCUUCGGCGAAAGUCGCUAUGGAGAAAUCCUUCAACCCCACGCCUACGCGGCCAGACAAUGAUCAGCCGGCCCUACCUUCUGCUUCUUCCACGGAGAGCCUCGGCGUGGGACCCUCUUCGUCGUCUUCGUCAACUUCUUCGGUGUUCAGUGCUGCCGGUGAUCGUGAAGCGCAGCCGCCAAAGGUGGCGAGCCGGUGCCUUACCUGUAACAAGAAGGUUGGUUUGACCGGGUUCCGUUGCAAAUGCGAGAGUACCUUCUGUGGGCUCCACCGGUACCCGGAGAAGCACGAUUGUACGUUCGACUUCAAAGCCUGCGGUCGUGACGCCAUUGCCAAGGCUAAUCCAGUAAUCAAGGCCGAUAAGGUGGAUAGGAUCUGAAAUCCGAAUCCUUGUUCUGAUCUGAUCGUGGGUUGCCUUAUUUAUUUCGUUGGUUUUUCGGUUGAUUGGGUUGAUAGUUGUAUUUGUUUAGGAGGUUUGUGGGGAAGGUGGUUUGCUUUGGUGCUGUUGAUGGAUAGUGUUUUUGGUGGUGGGUGGGAUGGACGAUUCCAUAAUAAAGGAAGGACCAAGGUGGAUCACUGGCUUGUUUA